AUGGCGGAGGGCGGCGGCAAGACGGCCGAGACGCCCCGGCUCCGGGAGUGGGCGGCCCUGCACCACCUGAUGCUGCAGAUCCCCGCCAAGUUUCAGAACCUGCUGGUGACGGGGGACCUGCAGCUGACCUCGGUCUCAGCCGUGGAGCAGCACAUCCUGCUCGGCACCAACACCGGUUCCGUCUACUGGUACGACAGCGACAGCUGCAGUAUGGAGCGCUACCGGCGCGAGCUGAGCCUGUUCCUGGUGCCGCGGCUGGCGCGCGGCGACGUGCCCGAGUACGUCCGCAUCACCGAGAGCAACAUGAAGAAGCGGCUGCAGUUCGGCGUGCAGGGCGAGCACCGGGCGCCCGUCAGCGCCCUUUGCUGGAGCCAGAACGCGGCGCGCCUCUUCAGCGGCGACGAGGCCGGCGCCGUCGUGGUCACCGAGAUCGAUUACGUGGCUGAGGCGGUGACGUCCAGGGUGGUAAUGACGGAGCCGGCGCCGGUGGUACAGCUGCAGUACAGCCGCCAGACUCUGCUGGUGGCCACCAGGGCGCGCUCCUGUCUGCUGAAAUGGCCCGACGGACAGCCCUGCCAGGUCGGCUCCAAGCCCCGCAAGAGCCCGGCUGACCUGGGCGCCUGCUUCGUGGAGGAGGAGGGCGGCGUGUCGGUGCUGGCGGCGCGACCCUCGCUCAAGGUGGUCACCGCCGGUCUGGACGGCCGGGUCCUCUCCACCGUCUCGCUGCGGCCGACGCUGGAGACGUGCGAGCCUGUGGAGCUGCUGUACCCGGUGGGAGAGAACCUUAAGCUGGCGAACGGCGACCUGAGCCUGGAUGAGGUGAUGCAGGACCUGAGGUCGGCCGUACCGGUGGCCCAGGUCAGGACCCUCAUCAGCAGUGUGACCGGCCAGCUGGACAAGGUCGGCCUUUUCGACGCCCUCUCCAGCAAAGCCGAGGCCGUCUCGUCGUUGACGUCCCGCGUCGGCUCGCUGGCGACGGCGGCCGAGCACGUGCCGCCCGGCUCCGACCGAGGCCAGACCGGUCCGCGCCAGUUCAGCGAGCCACCGUGCGAGCGGCCGCGGCCAGACGAGCCAGCGACGGACCAGCGGCGGCAGGCGGACGAGCAGCGGACGACGGGGCACCCGGAGGACGAGCGACGGCGGACCGGCGAACGUCCAGACAGCGAGCCAGUGGUGGAUGAGGCUCCGAUAGCAGAGGUGUCGGCGGAGAAGGCUGCGGGGGAGGGGAGGCAGACCGAGGAGCGGCCGUUGAGUGAGCGGCGCUCGGAGGAGGGCGGUUUGGCGCCGGUGCCCUCCGGCCCGCUGGACUUCACGCAGUUCUACCCGAGCGAGGUGCGGCCGUCGCUACACAAAUCGGACUCUGUGUUAGAGGAGGAGCGGCGCGACAAGGAGCGACGCUUGGCGGUGCUGCUCGGCCUGGACGACCUGUCUCCGCCGGCGCCGGCGCCAUCAUCGCCCCCGCCCCCGCCGCCCCCGCCGCCGCUGUCGGUGGGAUCCUCUUCCUCGCCGUCGCCGCCGUCGCCGGGUGUUGGCCAUUACCGGGACCUGUUCGGUAUCGCUGCGGCAGCGGCGGCCGCCGCCGAGGACGCCCGAGACGACUCGGCGGCGGACGGGCCGCGGCGUGGCGAGCAGUCGCCGCCUGCCGCCCCCAGCUUCCACAGUCUGUUCGCGUUCGGCGAGAAGGCGGCAGAGGUGGCGCCGCCGCCGCCGCCGGCGCCGCCUCGGCCGGCGAGCGCCGACAGCGAGACGGGCGAGCCGCGGCGCGCGGCGGCCAUCGUCCGGCCGGCCAGCCCGCAGGAGUCGGAGUUGGGGCCAACGCCGGAACCGGAGUCAGAGUCGGAGUCAGCGCCGGCCGACUGGCGACCCUGGGACCGCCAGCUGGCGCCGUCGUUCGUGAUGACGCUGGCCGCCUGCUGCUCGUACGUGGUGGUCACGGACCCGGACGGCCGCGUGUUCUGCUCGCCAGCGGGCGGCCCGGCCGCCUGGGAGCAGCUCGAUUACACAGCCUGUCAGGUGUCCGUGUCCUGCGACGGCCGCCGGGUGUGGCGGCUGGAUGCGGCUGGCGUGGCCUACGCACUCGCCGACCCGGAGCCGGACCGGCCGCGCGGGUCGCACUGGGUCCGGGCCGCCAGAGAUGUGCUCCAGCUGGCCGCCGACUCCACCGCCGUCUGGUACAUCAAGCGCGGUGGGAAGCUGUUUGUACAGCGGGACCUGUCGGCCCACCGCUGUGCGUCUCCGGAGCACGCCGUGGACGCUCCGGACCAGAUCAUCCACGUAGGCCGCCAGACGGGGCGUGGUAUGGGCCGUCACCGCCAAAGGCGGCCUGCUCUGGCGGGUGGGCGUCAGCCGGUGUGCUGA